UGAUGCAGCCUGGGAAAAUACGCCCCCAACCAUAUAUAAGCCUUUGGAUUCCGCGAAGGACGCCGCACUGUGACCAUCGGAACCGAACCUCUCUCCAUAGCGGACGAAGACAUCCACCUUUCAGCGGUUUUGGCAGACCGGCGCUUAGACAUUUACCAUGCCCCUCUCUACCGAAGCAAAGCAACCAACGCCACCUCACUUCCGGCUCCCAUCACAUAUUCCGGACUCCAAGGCGUUACCCACCAUUGGAUUCGAAGCGCCGCUGGAAGAUCUAUUCGUGGGGGAGUGGCAUAUGAUUCGCUUAUCCAAUCGGUUUUGGAAAGAUAAAAGAAAUGUUCGUCUGAAGUACACUGCGGCGGGAUCCUACAUCGACGAUGAGGCUUUCUAUCAAACCAUGAGCUCGGAAGCGGUGAAAUCAAUGGUCGGGAAGGACACGCAGUGCGACGGUACGAUGGGAGUGUACUUGUGGCAGGGAAAAGGUCUUCUCAGGGUCGCCAGCGCACGCUGGGAGGUUCUUUCUUUCACUCCACGAACCAACUGCCGAGACUGGAUGCUGGUUUUUGCACACGGGUCUAUCUUCACUUCGCCCGCCAUCAAUCUCAUGUGUAGGGAUCGAGUGGGAUUGGAUGGGGAUGAUCUUCUGUUUGUAGACGAGUGGCUUGCAGGAGUUCCAAACGACAAAUUCCAAAUGGCGGUUCAUGAAAUGGCGGACAUCAAACGGGAGUAGACGGGUCACAUGGAAGAUGCAGGGCCAAGUUGAACUAGAAACAUCUAUGGCAAAAAUCCUACUGCCCCUAAAGUGUCUCACACUUCGUGGUUUCCCGUUCCUUCAGCAGGACUCUAGUGUCCAUGCGUGGAACCAGAGCAGUCGUCCAGAA